UGUCAAGUCAAUUGUCAAAACAAACAAACAACAAAAAAAUAAAAAGUAACCUUGCUCUAUUUACUUAAGUAAAAAAUAACUUAAAUAAUAUAUAAUCAUAACUACCAAUGAAAGACUGUGGUAAAAUUUAACAGAUACAGUGUACGUAUUCAAAAUGCAGCAAGAAUCAAUAGUGAGUACCAGACCAGAUAGAGAAAUUACUAAGAAAAUUAUAACACCGGGUGAUUAUUCUAUCGUGCCAUACGAGGAGUCUCGAUGUAAAAUUUUGCUUUCCAAUGUGCAUACGAGCAAUGAAGAUCUUGAAAUAGACGUAGAAAGUCGUAUAUUAAAUAAAAACUUUGAUGGCGUAUUUAUAAUCGGAGAAGCAGAUACCUUUAUUGAUAAAGAUUUCGAGUUAAUCCUGCAACAGAUGUGUUGCGGUGAGACUUGUAUUGCCAGAAUUGUUUAUAAAAAUCAGAACUUUGAAGUAGUCAAAGAGAUAUCAUGUGAGAUAGAGUUAAAGGAAGUUACAGAAGAACAAUUAGUGAGCGAUUGGAGUUGGGCGAGAUUGCUUGAAGCAGCUACACAUCAUAAAGAGCAAGGAGUGGCUUUGAUUCAAGAGAAGAGAGUAAUAGAUGCAUUUAGGAGGUUUAGUAAAGCAUUUAAGUUUUUAGUAGCUAUCGAACCUGUGAAUCCAGAAGAAAUUACUGAUGAAUCCUUGAAUGAAAUAAAAGACUUGAAAGUAAAGUUAUACAAUAACUUGGCGCACUGUCAGCUACAGUUUUGUGAAUAUCAAGCCGCAUUAGAUCUCUGUAACCGUGCAAUAAUAUUAGACAACGAUAAUGUGAAAGCAUUGUAUAGACGCUGUACUGCUUACCAUUGUCUGCAGAUGUAUGAUGAAGCUUGGAAGGAUAUACAAAAAGUGGUAGUAUUAAAUCCCAAUGAUAAAACAGCACGGAACAAAGCUGGUGAAAUUAAAGGAAUUCUAGACAAGAUAAAUGCAGAAUAUGCUAAUGUUAUUAAAAAGAUGUUUAUUUAAAUUUUCAUUUUAGUCGUAAUAGAUGGCGCUAAUUGUAAAGACGGAAUAAUUUUGCCUUUUAUUAAAAUUUUCAU